AUGUCCCUGCUGUUCGACGAGGACUACGACAGCCACAGCUUCUACGAGUUCGAGAAGGCGGAGGACUGGUUCAAGGAGGCCGACGCCGUUGUGUUCGUGGGCACCUCUUUCGCCGUCACGCUUACCUCGUUGGCGAUACGAGAGGCCAAGCGGCGAGGCAUCCCUGUCUUCGACUUCAACGUGUCGGUGAGCCUCAAGUCCUCCCCCGCGCUGGACGCCAAGACCGUCCUCGGACGGGCGGAGGCAACCCUCCCGGCGCUCGCUAGCGCCGCUGGAGUGUCGAUCGCGACCAAGCCUACGGCUACGCCGUCACCGGCGGCGGCGGCGGCGGCGGUGGCGAUGGCAGAGAGCGCGAUGGGGAACAGCGGCAGCAGCAACGGCGGCAGUAGCAGUGGCGGUAUUUCGGAGCGGGAAUGCCCCGAGGUAGGUCCUGUAGCCGCACCGGGACCGGCGAGGGGAGAAGACGGAGGGGGAGUUGUAGAUGGGCGAAGGUCUCCCGCCGUAACGACGAGCGGCGACGACUCUGGGUCUCCGCUGGGGCGGCGGCGGCGGCGGCGCGCGCACGAGGACGGCUCCUCCGGAGACAGAAGCGGCGGCGGCAGCAGCAGCGGCGGAGACAGCAGCGGCGGCGACGUUCCGCAAGCCGAGGAGGAGGAAGAAGACGACGAACAGCAAAGAGGCGCCAAGAGGGCCAAGUGUGUCUUGCAUUCCGCUAGUGGCGCUGUCAUUGCGGAUGCUGACGCCGUUGGCGAGCCCGUGACCCCAAUGGCAAGGCCGUCGGCUGCAGGGGAUGGUGAUAUGGCCUGGGGCGGGGGCGCGGAGUACCUGCUGGAGCCGGCGCUGGAGACCCCGCUGCGGAGGGAUCAAGUGCGCGUCGACGUAGCGGAGGCGUACUCGAGGAAGCCGCACCCCGACCCGGAGGUUGAGGCGAACAUAGAAGUCCUCUGGCAGGAGCAACUGGCCAAGAACCCCCUCCUGUUCAACGGCUCCAAGUUCCGGUUGGCGGGGUUCUCCACGGAAGGCAACCGCAAAUCGUCGGCCACGGCUAUCACUACCGCUACCGCUACCGCUGACGCCGCCGGCGGUGCCGUGUCCGAUACGACGGACUCUUGUGGCGGGGGAGGAGGGGGCGGGAGGCACACCCCGCCGCUGCCGCCGCUGACUAACGCCGCCCGGCGGCGGUCUCGCUCUCCGAUGUCGUCGUCGCCGCCGACGCGAAAGCUGCGGCUUCGGCUCGGCCUGACGGACUACAGAACGUUUCGGGGAACGAACUGGUCCCCCUCGGCCGCAACGCUAGCGGCAGACAGCGCGCGCGACCACCCGUGGCUGGAGGCGGCCUACCUGUCCCAGAAGCUGGGCGUGGGGGCGGUGGUGGAGACCAAGGACGGGUUCCUGCUGUCGCUGUGCCGCAGCAACGGCGUGGCGGAGGGGCAGGGGAUGAUGGGGGCGCCGGGGGGGCACCCCGAGCCGGAGAAGCUAGGGCUUACGCCGGAGGUCCUCCGGAGCCUAUCGACGAAGACGGUGUCGAGCCGCCGAAAGGUGGGGCAGCGGGCCGCGGACGAGCUGUUCGACAGCGCCGUCCAGGAAGUCGUGGACGAGACGAACGUGCCCCGGGAGGCCCUGGGAGAGCCCCUGCUCUCGGGGCUGGUGCGCCAGGGCAACAGCUUCGGGGCUCCAACGGCGGCGUUCAUCAUCCCGUGCUCCCUCACGCGAGGCGAGGCAGCGGCGCUCUACGCCAAGGGCGCCAAGGAGGCGUUCGAGAGCACCGGUCUUCGGGCCGUUCCCGGCUCGGAGAUCGUCGCCGAGGGGGUCCGCGGAUGGUUCUCCAAGAGGGGCCUGAGGGCCACGCCGUCCUUCCAGGGGGCCCUCGAGCUCUGGAGGGGGCACCGCCUGAUGGGAGGGGGGGGGGACAACGACGACGGCUGAUAUGCAACGCUUGCCUGGUGUGUGAAAGGAAAGGCGGCCAAACAGAUCGUGUUUUUCUUCACGCAGGUCAUGUUUUGUUGCGGGGUGUCUUGCUUGUCGAGCGAGAUCGUGAUUUGGGCCUGUUUCAUACCCACCUCAUUCCGGACGCUUUUGUGUGGUGGUGGUGGUAGUUAAGGGCGGGGUCGUGCGUUCGUGUUAACUGAUAGCCUGGACGCAGAUCCGAAGGCGAGGAGACAGGAAGUGGGAAGAUGAUCAUUCUUGACAAUGACGCAGAGGGGGGAGGGAGGGGCAUGGAAUUGCUGCGGAUGACAAUAGAACACAACACAUAGCAGCAUUAGGAGAUACACAGAAUAGAGACCCAAAAACUUAUAACUAUCCGUCGACGAAAGCAGCAGUUACACAGGCACGCGACAUAACGCGAGAGAAAACUACGCGUUUUGGUUCUGUUGUGUUCUGCUUUGGGGCCCGGCCGGACAAGGGGAGGGGUUGUGUGGGGUGCCAAGACGAGAGUGGGAGUGUGCGUGAAACGUGCGCCGUGAUGUCAGAGUGGUUACGUUGAACACAUCCUAGCAAGUUGUGUUGGCACCUGCGCCUGGCGGUGAUUUGGCGCCCGCGGUAUAUGUCUUUGCCCAUCCAUGCGGCUUUUUUUUUCGUGUGGGAUGUCCCCCGCCCCCCCCGUUCUCUCCCGCGAGGGCUCGCUCUCCUUGUAUUUCGCCGUACUACAAUAUACUCUGCUGUACGCGAAACAAGAAUGAUGGGCAUGAGGAGAGAAGGGACAACCUGCCUCCGGCAAAAAUGCUUGGCGUCUUCUGCGACACAGCACGAGUCGGGACGGUGUCCUUGUUUUAUUCCAGGAGGCGAGAGAGAGAGAGAGAGAGUGAGUGAGUGAGAGAAAGAGACGCGUUCUUGCUCUCUCUCUCUCUCCUAGCAAUACAACCUUGCCACAGGAAUUAUGGUUUGGGGCGCGCUGUGUUUCCGUCCGUGGUGGCGUGUAUUGAUUAAAUGUUGUCGUUGUUGCUAUUGCUGCGACGGCGGCGGCGGCGGCGGUGGCAGCGGCAGCGGCAGCGGCGGCAGCUGCCAAAGGAAAGUUAGCAGGAUCGCGAGCGACCAAGUCUAUAAGCGUCUCUUGUUGCGCUUCCUUAGGGCCGCGCCGAUCGCAUCUCAGGCGAAUGCGUGGUGCGUCUUGCUCGUGACGUUCGCUGCACAUGGCUAGCUUACAGGAGGAGAGGGGGAGACACUUAGGUGCCCGCAAGUUGCCUGUUGGAUAGAAAAAUAGAUCACUGUCCGAUACAGAAUGACGUGCGCGGCGGAGUAUCGAUGUUGGUUCCUCCGCAAGGAGUCUCGGGUGGCCAGGCGGGGUUCACAGUGGGGAGGAAGGAGGGGGGGAGGGGGGGGCGCAGGCGCACAAGCUCAUUGGUGGGAGAGCGAGCGAGCAAGAGGGGGGGGGGAGUGCCAUGCCUCCUUCCGUGCGUUGGGCAUCGUCACGCGUUGCCCGCCUGGCAGAUGUGCCUUUGGUGGACAAGUCUGGGAGUGGCUUUGAAGGGAGACGAGCUACUGCUCUCGGUGUAGACGAACCAACCGAUAGCGCCGCUUGGGGUCUUGUCUUGUCUUGCCACGACGGACGUUCGUUUCGAUUUUUUGUGUUGUUGUCAUUGUUAGGGUUGGUUGGCAUGGUGGUGGUUAUGGUGGUGGUACAAUGGUGGUGCGAUGGCUGUGAUAGUGUUACUGGUGAUAAAGCUACGUGUAGACAUCCAGCUAGGGACCUACGACACCGGUAGUAUCUUAAUAUUUCCCGUUCGUGAUGAAUGCCUUCCCUUAUUUUUUUCGGUCGGUUCAUAAUUUGGCCUUUCUCUGGUAGUGUAGGCGUCACCGGUUGCUGAGAGUACAAGCAGAGGUACGCCGAUAGUCACGGCUUCCUUUCCAGGACAAAAGGCCGAGCGUUGCUUGCACCCUUACACAAUAAUGUUCGAUUUUUCACUCGUUCGCCGUUCUUGGUUUUGCGGUAGAACUUCGGCCACAUAUGACUUACGUCCGCCGCUUUUAUUUGCUGCUGGCAAUCAGNGGGGGGGGGGGGGGGGGGGGGGGGGGGGGGGGGGGGGGGGGGGGGGGGGGGGGGGGGGGGGGGGGGGGGGGGGGGGAGGAAGCGAGGCCAGGGAAGUGGAACCCAGAUACAGGAAUGGCAAGACCGCGAGAGAGAGAGAGAGAGAGAGAGAGAGGGAGGGAUGGACAGAAACACGGCGGGGGAGCGCAGAAAAUAGGCAGGCGGGGGGAGAGCGAGACAGAGGGUUGGGCGGAGGGGGGCACCCAUGACCCCGAAAAGACCUUGCAUCAACACCGACAAGUACUUUUGAACCCAACGUGGGGGGCGGGGGGGGAUAUUCUGAGAGUGAGAAUGAGUGCAUAUAUGUGUAGUGCCUAAUUAUUCACCACCCCCGAGGGUCGGUUUUUGCUUUGCUUGGUGUUCACGCGCAAGGCGAAACGGAGAGUCUAUCAUCGAGUCGCGAAGAAGGUAUUGAGUGUUGGACUGGGUGAGCGGGAAUGAAACCGUUAGCAUGCAGCAGUGUGUGUCUGAUAUCUUACGUGGCCAGUCGUUGUCUCUCCUUGCGUAUAGUCUAGACUAAUAGACAAUUCCUCGUGCUGUGAAAGAAAUGUUAAUGUUUCACUCUCUUGGCACUUGCUUGUGUGCGUCUCUCCCUGCCCAUUGAACAUGACAUGAGCCAUCCUUCUAAUAAGGAGUGUGACCGUGGGUGUUCGCCCCCCCGCCAAAAAAAAAAAU